AUGCGCCCCAAACAGCUACACGAGGUCCGCGAGGAUCGGGAGGAAUGCGAGGCAGUAAUUUCACUUCAAGAGGCGCUAGUAGAGCAGCGACCGGUCCACGGACACACGGCACUUGGGAGGAACGAAGGAAACAGGUAUGUGGAAACGGCCAACAGUUUGGCUGACAUACGGGACAGAUGAAUAACAUCGACACAGCUUGUCAGCGUGCGCGAAUCGGAAAAGAAAGACGCUAUCGCGCGAGGCCUCAUGAGCGACCCAGAGAAGGCAAUCAAUCUCUCGGAUGCGAUCACACUCGUAGGCACUUGUCAGGAUAUGUGCCCUGAAUCUGAGAGGAUCACCCGCGCAUUCCAGAACAACGUUUGGGACGAGGAGAAAGAUGGGAAAGGACAGAUUGUGGAAGGGCGCAUGGUGAAAGUGUUCAAGAGAUCUGAUGCCGGCGCGGCAGCCCAGCUGCCUUCUGAUUUGCGACCUCCCUCUGUCUUGAAGAAGACUUGCGACUACCUAUUUGACGACCUCCUCGCCAAUGCGUCCGCGCCCGGCGACGUGCACGGCUUCAUCUGGGACAGAGCUCGUGCUAUUCGAAACGAUUUCUCCAUCCAGCAGGUCACCAAAAUCGAAGAUAUGCGAAUCGCCAUCGAUUGCUUCGAACGAAUUGCGCGUUUCCACAUUGCAUCUCUUCACGAGUUUGCGGAAGUGGAGAAGCCGUAUGAUGGAUAUGUUGCGCAACAAGAACGAGAGCAACUGGAUCGGACCCUGCUUUCUCUCAUGCAAUACUAUGACGACAGCCGUGGGAGACUAGAGUUGCCAAACGAACCCGAAUUUCGCGCAUACUGUGUGGUCUUCCAAUCUCAGGACCCGACUCCGGACUUGGAAGAUCGGUUGCAAAGCUGGCCUAAGGAAGUGAGCGGCGAUCCUCGUGUAAGAACGGCAGUGGAGAUCUAUAUGGCAGCUCAAGGAACGAAGCUUGCGCAAGGCCCGAUGGAGCCACGACAGCCUCAUGUAAUUGCAAGACAGCACUGGGAACACUUCUGGGCGCUCCUCCGUUCACGUAGGGUUUCAUACCUGUUAGGCUGUGUCGCAGAGGUCUAUUUCAACCUUGUGCGGGAAAUGGCAUUAAGCGCGAUUGUCUUGACCGCUCGCCCACCCAAGAGACAGGAUGCGCAGUGGGCUCCCAACGCCGAGUGGCUCAUCGACGAGCUAAUGGUAGCCUUCGGAUUCGAUGACGAGGAAGACGUUGAAUGGUUCUGCCAACAAUGGGGCCUCAAAUUCCAGCAGAAGGACGGAAAGUCUUAUCUCGACCUCCGAGAACUCAGUCACAAAGCAUUGCCAACCCGCGCCAGAAGUGAUUUCCCGGAUCAGCUCAAAUCCCAGCUCGUGGAAGAGAAGAGACACGGCCGGACCAUCAGUGCUGUUAUCAGGGGUCUUGAUGUUAGGGAAGCUGAGCAGGCUGGAAUGAUAUUAGAAGAGUAUGAGGAUGGGUUGGAAGGAGGAAACGGAGAAGAACCAGUUGAAGUGGCCGAGCAGGAAACCGUGGGUGGCAAUGGCGAGGGAGGAGUAGGCAAUGACAAGGAUAAGGACGAAGACGAAGACGAAGACGAAGAUAGUCUUUUCAUCCCGGAAACCAAGGUUCCCGUCAAGUCCUCCUCGAGUAGCGCCUUUCCAGGCCUAUCGGCGCCAACGUUUGCCCCUUUCGGCACGACUGGCCAGUCUGCUGGGUUUCCUGGAGCUUCCGCACCUCCGCUGUCAGCGUUUGGCCAACCUAGCGCGUUCAAUUCCAGUCAGCCAAGUGCGUCGUCGUUUGGCAAACCGUCAACCACCAGCCUAUUUCCCCGGGCCAGUCCCACGACUCUCGAUACUUCAUCAGCUACGACGCCAGCUGCAGCGACCUCGCCAUUCAUAUUUGGCGCUCCAAGUUCGCAACAAUUCUCUGCUUUCGCACAGCCAAGCUCAGCCUUCACCGCAGAUAGGGCCACGUCCUCAUCGACCGCGGCCGACGCCAUAACAUCAGGCAAGAAGGUGGGCCCUUUCACGGAAGAACCAUUGUCAUCACCACCUUCAGCAUCAGGACUCUUCCCUUCGACGACGGACGCAGCACAGCCGAGCUUGUACACACCCAAAGGCGACGCGCCUGCAAAACCUGGCAUCGCACCUUCCGCGCCAAGCCUAGACGCCCCAACCCCAAACUCUAAAUCGACGCCGCAACUUCAACUUCACUCGAACGCGAACGCGAACGCGAACGGGAACGGGAACGCAUCGACACCUUUAUCGCAAAGCAACCAGAACGCGGCAAUUUCGGACAACGGCGCGCCGAAUACUGGUCGGCGCACCUCGAGCUCGGUCGCCAACAAGCCAAAGCACCCCAGCCCGCUCUCUCAGUCAUUCAGUGCAGACUACGACAACGCCGGCGCCGCGGCACAGCAAGCCAAAGACAUAGUCGCUGACGGUACUCAGAGACAUCCACUACAGGACAGUCCGGUCAACAUACCGAAACCACCGUCGACACAAAACAGGACACCACCCCCUCCCCUUGAGCCUCCGCCUGUGACGGACUUUGACGGUCUGCUCACGAAGCUCGCACGAGAAGUCACGCUUGCACCGAUUGGAGGCAUUCUAGAGCAGUUCGUACGCUUCCGCGUGAGACAGCUGGUUGAGGAGACCCAUGAGAAGUGUCGCCGCGAGCAAGCAGCUGAAUAUUUGAAAGGUUUGCGGCAACGGGUCUUGAUCUGGAAGUGGGGCAGAAAGCUCAGAGAUCAAUACUUGCUGUCACGUUACAGAAGAAAGCGAAGCGAGACAAGGCAGAGAGCUCAAAGGAGGUUGCGCGCGUCACAGGGAGUAGACAUUCUCCGCGGGAGACAGAACGGGAUAUCACCACUGUCCUCAACAACAAGGACACAAGAAAGCAUGGCCGAGCAUAUGCACGCUAGUGCACAAGCUACAGCCGGAAGUAAGCGACCAGCGACGCAUGCUCAAUCGGCGUCAAGCCCUGCUCGGGAAUCGGAAGCCAAGCGACAGAGGGAUCUGAGCCAUGUGAACUCUCGCGGAGCUGUCUCGAAACCGAUGCCAACUAGAGAUCCGCUCAACAGAUCCUCCUUCCUGGGCUUCUCGCUUGCAAAAUUGACUCGUGGUGGACCUGCGGGACCAUCUCACAACACAACGAGAACCACGUACUUCCGUGAAAAGGCUCUAGGCAUCAAGCGACCAAACCUUGACCCAGACACGGCCGACUGGGAGCGUCGUGUAGCAAAACGUGCGCGGUCAAGCUCAGAUGGAGCGGACAUGGCUAGAUCAUCCUCUCCAGCACUCAGCACAUCUCGACUGCGACAGGAUGGCGGGUCCAUGCCGCCGCCGGCUCCGAGGCCUGGUGGUUCGCCAUCGGACGCCGACAGCGGAGCGCUGUUCGCUCGUCUUCGAGCUGCCCGGGAGUCUCUGAAAGAGAAUGGAAGCUUCAUGGAAAGCGAGCUCAGCAAACACGACGAGCUUCGCAACAGCAUGGGUGAUUCUGGGUCCUCCAAUGAAUCUCCCUCGUUGGCCAGAGCAAGAGAGGAGGCUAGGCUUCGCGCAUCGCUCGGGCUAUCCAAUCAUGCAGGAACGAAUGAUAAUCGCAGUGGUCCUGCCUAUCGUUCUAGACAGAGCAAGUUUCUCUCCGCUGGAGAGCAGGCUGAGGCCGUAGCGAGAGCGCGGGCGCUACGAUCUUCUCGCGCGGUCUCCCGUGAAACAAGCCGAUCUGCCUCACGAGCCGAUGCUACAGACUUCAGCGUGGCAGAUAACGCGGACGGGAAGGAUCUGAGUGUGAAGCAGCCUCCGAACCGCUCAAUCCUCGACGGCCUUGCGCCAUCUACCUCGAAUGGCGUGUCGUUUGCUGCUCCCGCAAAUGGUGUGGCUACUUCUUCAUCCGGACGUCUUGCAUCUCAAACGCCUGAAGCAGCACUUCAGGCAGCACCUCACAAUACCGCCACUCAACCUCCCUCGCGCAAUCCAUUUGCCCAGUCGUCUUCUUUUGCGCCGGCUCCGCCGACGAUGAACCCGUUCCUUCAAGCGCCCGCACCCAUCGCGUUCCCGUUUGGAAGCAACACGCACGAAGUGCAGUCUACAUGUCCACGUGACAACACCAUCGCACGCUCACAAGUGAACAAUGCACUUUCUGAGACGUUUGGAGCACAACAGCCUGUAAAGCAAGACCAGGACGAAGAGACGACGGCACCCCAGCCGCAGCAAUCCAAUUCCUACACGCCAAUGCGAGACGCAUCACAAGCUAUAUCACUUCUUUCCGAUGACGCAGAAGAGGAUGGAGUCGCAUUUGGACAAGAGCAGUUCUUCGGAAAUGCGCUAGAUGUGUAUGGCAACGCGAACGGCAGCUUUGAAAGUGAAGACUACGCGAACACUUUCGCUGCGGCGGACGGUGAAGGUGUUGAGUCUGACGAGAACGGCGAGGAGAUCGCGUAUGAUGAUGAGGAAGAGGAGAUCGUGUAUGAUUCUGAGGAAGAGGAGAUCGCGUAUGAUGACGAGGAAGAGGAAGUGGAGGAGGACGAGGGCGAUGGAGGUGCUGUGGAUGGCGGCCUUGUCCAAAUGCAGCCCGACAGCUAUCAAUACAGCGAUGCUGAAGGGGACGAGGAGGACGCUCAGGACGACGACGACGACGAUGAGCAGUACCGCUUCGAGGGCUUGGCAAAUCGUCGCAAUGGUCACCACUCCGGCGAAGAAGGGGACGAGGACGCGGACGGGGAAGACGACGGCUAUGACGAGGAGGACGAAGAGGAAGCCGUCGACUGGGAUGAGGAAGACGAAGACGAAGACGACGACGAGGGCGCGAACGACAGUUUCGCCAACAUGGCAUACAAUCGGCGUCAUGCUCCUCAGUUUCCAAAGACUUCUGCUCUUGACGGAGCUGGAGCUUCAGCGCAGGAAGCGAUUGAGCUAAGCGAUUAA